AUGAGCUCUUCGCCCUUGCUGGACAAUGAGAGAAGCAAGGAGCCAUGGAUGGGUGACUUGCGAUCCUCUAACAAGUUUACCACAGCCACGAUGUCCAUGGCGCUCUUUACGGAUGAGCUCCUUUUCUCAUUCAUGGUACCCUUGCUUCCUUACAUCUUUGAACAGCGCCUUGGGGUUCAAGCAUCUCAUGUUCAAGCAUACACAUCAAUCUUCCUUGCCGAAGGCGCUUUAGUCGCCAUCAUAACCAGCCCAUUCAUUGGGCAUGUGGCCGACCGGGCAAAGUCAAAGAAGGCCUUGCUACUCGGUUUGCGGAUGUUGACGCUUGCCAGUGUCUUAGGUCUUGCAAUUACAAAGUCGUUGGCCGGGCUCUUUAUCGGUCGAUUUUUCCAAUGUUUUACCAGCAAUGGCCUCUGGAUCGUGGGUGUCGCAACGAUGGUCGAGAGUGUCGGCAGUGAGCAUAUGGGCAAGAUUGCAGGGCUAACCUCAACCUUAACUGCAGCGGGGACAUGUGCAGGUCCAGUGCUUGCCGGGUUUCUUUUCGGGCUUGGCGGGUAUUGGCCUGCAUGGGUGGGACCAGCUGUCUUCCUGGUCGUGGAUGUCUUGAUGCGUGUUUUGUUGAUUGACCGUCCCAAAGCACCACGAGAGAUUACGGAGGACUCCCGUUUGCUAGAUGCACCGCUAGUCCCAGUCGAAGAAGCAACUGGGUGGCGAUUUUACGUCCGUCUUUUUCGCCAGAGUCGCUUUGCAGCAGGUAUCAUUUGCUACUCUAUAUAUGCCGUAUAUAUCGCCAGCUUCCAAGCUACCAUCCCCUUGCAUUCAUGGGAGGCAUUUAAAUGGGGUGCCUUUCCUGUCGGUCUCCUCCUUGCCGCUGUUCAAGGCCCAGGAAUGAUACUGGCACCCCUAAUUGGAUACUGGAAAGACCGCUGGGGAUCGCGAACCCCAACAUCGAUUGCGUUCUUGUCCAUGGCACCAUUUUUUUUGCUCUCGGGGGCAGCGGGCGACGAGCGCUUUUCGUGGUUUAAUGGUGGAAUUAAAGACAAGGCCAUCUAUAGUUGCUCCUUGGCCACGACUGGAUGUCUUAUGUCUUUACUGAGUGGAGUAGGGGCAAUGGAAGCGACUGAAGCUGUUGAUAAGCUAGAAGAAUGUCAACCGGGCAUUUUUGGAAUGUACGGAGGCUACUCUCGAGCUGUCGCCAUCACUAGCAUGAGUUGGACUAUGGGUCUGCUGGUUGGGCCCAUAUUAGCAGGGUUCGUGAUGGAGAGAUUCGGCUACUUUGAACUACAGUGUGUACUGGGUAUUGCUUCCUCCUCGACAGAUUUCAGAGUCUAUGUUAGUAGCUACUGCAAGACUGGUGAAGAAUAA